AAUCCACAGUCCAUUUCCGGCUUCACUGGGGUGCCAUCAACUGCACGUCGCAUUAUAGACAAAGCAAACCUUGCUAUUAUGCCACAAUUCCGCAACUUAUCUUAACGUUGGGCAGAAAAAAACAGAAUGCAGCCCGAAAUUGUCAGGCAUUAGGCAGGUUAGGUUACAUUUUUGGGUCAAAACAGGAAAGUACAUUUGAUAGGUUUAGUUUUUUCAAUAACAAAUGACACAUGUCUUCCGGAAUUGGCCAAUCACAACUCGUGAUCUCAAGAAACCUUUGAACCCACUGUUUCGAACUUGGUUCCGAACGCAAUAAAAUCUUCACGAGAGUGCUCUGCGAGACGUUUGAAAUUCAGCAGCAGAGAUGGAAGGUCCGACAGUUGUAAAAGGCAACUCAGACGCCGUGAAAAAUGGCAUUUGCAAAGGCGAAGUCACUGCUAAUACAACCACAAAAGAGGCAAACGGAUAUGUUCCAAAAAAAACUGCUAAAAAGUCUGCAGCUCGACGGAAAACCGACCUGGAAACAGUGUUCUCGCUGCUGUGGUGCAGUUGGUUCGUCCUAGAAUGCCUGUUAUACUACGUUGGAGUAAUUUUCGUCGUGGUAAUCCCCUUGUUUCCAGUAUUGGCGGUUUUUUUCCUCCUGAAGAUGGUCGAGCGAGUUGUAGUGAAGUUGACAAGGGGCGAGACCGCGUUGAGCGGGCAAGACGCCGCUUGGCAACAGACCAGGGACGAAAACCGGCUCGCUAUCAACGGAGUGGUUUACGCGGAGAGAAAAAACAGCUUUGAAGAUGCAAUGAAAGAUUUCCGACUGGCCAUUUUAGAACGUAUGGUGAAUGCUAAAAAACCGAACGGAGAACUGUUGUACCCCAGAAUUCGCUGCUGCAUCCGCCCAGGUUUCUUCCAGUACUUUUUCCAGGAAGACAAAUCCUUCCGGAUUGAAAAUCACGUGUUCAAAUGGGAAGGGGAGGUACCUUCGUCCAAAGAGGAACUGGCGUCCAUUACCUCGAAGCUGAGUAAUGAAGCUUUUCCCAAAGGAGUAUCUCCCUGGUAUUUUUGCUGUGUUCCAAUAAACUAUGGUGACCAGGGUUUUGCUGCAGUAUUCAGAAUGAGCCAUAGCCUUGCUGAUGGAGUUGCCUUAACAAAAUUCCUGGUCAACCAAUUACCAGAUAAGUCCACUCCUCAAAAGGAGCCUGUAAAGUUCACAGCUUCCACAAGUAAGGCACUUCUACUGGCCAAAGCAGCAUUAAUUAUACCGCGUUUCUUCAUAAAAUUAUUUCUCUCAUUUGCUGACCGAUCCAUCUUGCAUGGGCCGAAGAUCAGUGGAGCUAAAAAGGUUGCCUGGCACGAGGGAUUUGAGUUUGAGUUAGUAAAACAAAUUAAGACAGCUACAGGUACAACUGUCAAUGAUGUGUUGAUGUCCUGCCUUUCUCGAGCAAUCAGAAGGUACUUUCAGAGAAAAGGUGUGGAGAACCCUCCAGAUUUUACUGCAUCUGUUCCAGUGGACAUCCGCUUGUCCACAGCCUCCAAGAAAGAUUUAAGCUUUCAAAACAAGUUCUCACUGGUUUUCCUUAAACUUGCAGCAGCCACUGAGGAUGUCCUGGAGCAACUGUACGAGACCAAAGCACGAAUGGAUGAAUGUAAAUUCUCUGGUGAAUACCUAGCCAUGGCAGCUAUGAUUAUUCUGACAAAUGAGCUCACCCCCGAAUUUGUGGUUCAUAACAUUAGCGACUUUAUAGCCCAAAAAGCAAGUUGUGUUUUAUCAAACGUCCCUGGUCCACAGAAUUUUCUCAUGGUGAAUGGCCAACGAGUCAAGUACAUGGCAUUCUGGCCUCCACAGCGCCACAAUAUUGCAGUAGGACUGUCUAUAUAUUCCUACGCGGGCCAAGUUAUUGUUGGAGUUCAGAGUGAUGCUAGUUUGCUUCCAGAUCCAGAGAUAAUCAUUGAAGAGUUUGGAAAUGCUUUGAAGGAUUUGGCUGGUCGUGUUCUUCAUAGCAAUGAAACAACUGAACAUGCUGUUCAUUAAUCAGAAUCUCUGUGCUGGACGUCAGUUUCACUACAUACAUGUAAGCACUCGUACAUGGCUUAACUUUAUGAAGAAUAGACGUUGUGUAAUGUUUAUGUCUUCCCUGAUGGUACAGAAAAUUUGUGUUUAUGCCAGUAUACAUUGCUGGGGUAAUUAUACUGUAGUCUAGGACUGAGUCAGGUUCAAAAAUUUAGGGUUUUCAUUAACAUAAUGGUCAAGUAGAACUACUGCCAUGUCUUCUUGCAUGCUCAAUUAUUCCCCUCAGUUUAUUUUAUAAUGAUAAAAAGUAUAUAUAUAAUGCCAUUUCUAAGAAGAGCUCAAUUGUGUUUUACAAUAAAGAGGUGCACAUACAUCAAAAGAAAUCAUUGGUAUAGUUUUAAGAUUUAAUAGAAACAUUCCUCUCAUGAUGGUAACUGUAGCUCUGUGGAAAUCCACAUAUUUUUCCUGAUUGGUACUUGUUGGUCAGAUUUCAACAAUCUCGGGUCUCUUCUGAGCGAGAGAGGAGUUGAAGAUCUGUGUAUGCAGGCUAGAUCAUAUUUUUAUUUCACAAUCAAUACAGACCUGUGAAAAGAAAUUCGGAGGGAAACUCACCUGAAUUUUCCUAGCAACCUGCUCCAUUCUUAUAGAAUGUAGGUUAUCGUGUACCAGUAUGUGCAAAGCUCACCAUCAGUAGUGGAAAUUGCAUAAUUUUCAAUUGAAAAGACAGGACUGAAAUUUCUAGUUUGAAUACAUCAGGCUUGAUUGUUAUGGCACUAAAACAUGGGAUUGGUUUUUGAAAAGCUUUUUAAAGGAUUUCCACAUCAAAGAAUUAUGAGAGUCAGAGCAGAGCAUUAUUAAUACUAAAUCGUAGUUCAUGGUAGAAACUCUUCAUUUAAGUAUGAUCCUCACUAAUUUCUCUGUAGUGUCAGCAUAUACAUAAGCAUGUUUCACUCUCAACUUCUUUAUUUCAGUUAAUUUUCAAAAAGAUCUUUUUACAGAAUUUGUACUUAAAAUAUACUUUGAAAUUAGCUCAGGAUGGAAGCCCAUUCGGAGGGUGACAUAUCACUUGAUUAAUUAAAAAGGAGUUGAGCAAAGAUUUUUUCAUGUUUUGAAAUAAAAUUAAUCAAUUUAGAAGACAAAAAGUAUGGUAAUACUUUUUGUAAAAGAAUAAAGACAAGGACAUGUGCAAUAUUGUGAAUUGUAUGACAUUUUUUUUUUCCUUGAAAGAGAAUUGUUUUUGUAAAAACAUAGUUAUUUUUUUUUGGAUUUACAAGAUGAUGUUAGGUAAAAUAAUUAUUUAUUGAUUACUAGAAAGUGAAGAUUGAGUAUUGUUAACUUGGCUAUUAUGGAUUAUAUUUUUGCAAAUCAUCCUUGUAAUGUAUUAUUGAUCAAAUGUCACCACAAAAUUAAUUAGUCAUUUAAUGCUUACAAAUUUUAUUCACAUUUUUUCUUUUCAUGAAAGAACUAAUUAAACAUGCCAAGGCAAGGUACAGAAUUAGAGUAAUCAGGGCUUUAAUGUCUGUAACAGGGAAAAGUCCAGAAAUAAGCAGGUCCCAGGCUUUGACCGUAUGGCUAAAUAUCGGUAGAGAAACAAUUAGUAUAACAAUAAAUGUAACAGUAUUUUCAUUUAUAGAUCACAAGCUUAUAAUAAAUAGUUGAAUUUACUACACUGACUUUAAUAAUAAAACAACCUUGUUCUUGAGAA